AUGUUUCGAUUCAAAUUCUUCUUGUGUUUUAUUCGUAUAAGUUUAAUUAUAACUUUAACCAAAUCCGAGUUUCCAUGUCUUACCAAUUCAAUUAUUUCUUGUCGUUGUAACAGCGAUGAAAGCUUAGUUACUUGUGUUGAAAACCAUCCAAGUAAUGAAACAUUUAUCGAUUGGUCAACAUUUUCAUCCGGCGGUCAUCGGUUUCAUUUAUUUAAAUUCAUCAAUUUUACACAUUUAACGUCGAAUACAUUUGCAAAUUUCACAUCAACAGUUCUUUCACUUGGACAAUUCGAAUUCACAUUUAUCAAUUGUGUUGAUCGAGUAGAAGAAAAUACUUUUCAAAUAUUGAAUUUUUAUUCCGAUACGCCAAUUACUCUUAUUUUCGAAAAUCCAAGAAAUUUUCAACUUGCUAAUUAUGCAUUUAGCCGACUGGAAUAUAGGGAAAUUAUCAUUUCUGGUAUUCAAAAUGAUAAUCCUCCAUAUCAACUUAAUCUAAAAGCAUUUGAUAAUACACAAAUUUAUCAACUGAGUAUUUCUAAUUCUCCCGAAUUUCAUUUUAUUUCUAAUGGUUNGAAUUCGACGGAUCCGAUGCAAUCCUGGUGA